AUGCACACAUCGUACUGCAAGCAGACGUACGUGCCAGCGUUCGUCUGUGACCUCUUCUUCGGUAUUUCUGUAAACCGGGCUAAUGAACCAAUCGAUACCAUCUGCGCAGGUGUGGAACGACUGGUGCGCCACCUGAAGAAGCACAACGUGCCCAUGGCUAUUGCGACCAGCUCGAAGCCGUUGUCGUUCGAGCUGAAGACGACGAAGCACCGCGACCUGGUCGCUCUCUUCCACCACGUCGUCAUGUCCGGCGGUAACCCGGAGGUCAAGCACGGCAAGCCGCAUCCGGACGUCUUCCUGGUCGCCGCCUCCAAGUUCGACGAGAAGCCGCCCCCCGAGAAGGUCCUGGUGUUCGAAGACGCGCCAAAGGGCGUCACUGCAGCCCUAGCCGCCGGCAUGCAGGUCAUCAUGAUUCCGGACCCUCGCAUGGACGAAGAGAACCGGCGUCGGGCGACGCUCUGCAUGGCCUCGCUGCUGGACUUCAAGCCCGAGCAGUUCGGACUGCCACCCUUCGAGGACGGGCCCGAGGACGGGCCCAAGGACGGACCUAAGGCGAAGGAUGAGUGAGCCAGCAGGACGACAAGCGCAUGGCUGACGCCUGUCGAGCCGCCUCGGCAAUCUGUGGGCGUCGUUUCCAUGGACAGCACGCGCCUUCUCCUCAAGGCCCACAGGCGCGCCAUCGAAGUUCCCGUCCUGUUUCCGCGAAAGAUGAGCGUUCGUUACACUCCCCAAAGGCGGGAACUUCCACGUCUUGCGAUGUGUCCAGAGGUUCGCUUCACAUCGCAGAAUGAGUCGAACGCCUUGUGGCAUUCACGCACAAACUCUUUAACAAUACUUGUAAUUUGCGAUAUUCUUUACCUAUUAACGUCGCAGGGCCGUUUAUGUUUUGUACAGACUAUGUAUAAAUUGUAUAUGUGUAUGUACGCGGGGCCUCGCUUAGCGCCUUACGUUCGGUUCCCACAAGAACAUUCCGAUAUCUACCAUAUCUCCUCGCUGCGACACAUUUAUUUACGUCUUCUUUUUGUGUAUUAUUCACGUUUGUUCCCAACUCUAGUUGAAGAUGUACCAAUGACUGACCGCAACGAUAGGCGCGUGUUCACUUGCUCCGGUACUGAGUGACGCCGUGACCUGUUGGCCUUGCCUUGCUGAGAACCUCUCCUCUCUUCCAAGUGCCUCUAAGCAUUAUUACACGCGUUUAACGUCCAUUUGACGGAGCGCUGAUGUACUCUUGCAGCUUUAAUAUGGCGGAUACAAUCCGCGAAAGCCUGUCUAACGCCUGCGUCGGAGGUGGUGGGUGUUGUUUGCGCGAGAAUGUUUUUUGCAACAGUCGAUUAAAGCUACUUAACUGCGUUUAGAAACAUGUAACUCUAGGCACAGCGUGUGUUGAUGCGGAUUUGUUAUACUAAUUGAAAACGUGUUUGUCGGGGCCAUGCCCGCUCGCAGGGCAAGAAGUCGGCCAACAUUGGCCGCCUAACAACGCUUUGUCCUAGGUCUUGUGCUACACCGUCAUAACACCCACUGUCAAGACACACAUUACGAGAACAUUCCCAUUAACAACCGUUCUUUCAUGCUUCGAUGCGCUUACCUAAGAAAGGCAGGAGAGCAGCUCCCUGGAGAGUGUCACGUUAUUUCCUCCUCUGUCGAGGGUUAGGUAGUUGGUUAUGCUUACACUCCUUGCUUUUAUGAAGCGUCGCAUGUGCCUCAUGUACACCCGAGACGCCUGAAGCACACUCAACAGUUUACUGCAAGAACACACAACAUCGGUUCGGAAGGUCUUGCCUGAAGCUUAUUCUGUGCGAAGGAACGAAGAAGAACAAUGAAGAAAAACCGCGUGGAAGGAAUGAAGAAAAAUCUACGGCCCAUCCACUCUGUUAAGAUGGUCGUACCGCGGAGUUCUCUACGCGCGAUGAUACCCUUUGUGGCAUUCCUUGUCGUGGCCCUUGUUUCCCUCAGUAGUUUCCUAUCAUGAAUGCUAUGUCACGUUGAUAGUGCUCACGCCGUUGGUGACCUGAAAGCAGUGGUGGGCAGUAUCGAAGAUACAUGUAUCUUAGAUACUAUCUUAGAUACACUUUGGGUAUCUUGUAUCUGUAUCGCGACACGUCUCGCAAGAUGAGAGCCUGUAUCUGUAUUUCCAAUACAUUCAAUAAUGUAUCGUGUAUCUCAAGAUACAAGACACUCCUACAGGAACACCACCGUACGAAACAAUAAUCGCUGGCGCAAUUCCGCUUCUCAAGUGGGUACUGGUGCCACUAAACCGCCUGAAUAAAACUAAGGGCAGUGACUGACAAAUAAUUCUAUCUUUCUGGCAGAGUCCACCAGUGAGGGCAGGCGACGAGGCGGGCGCGUCCGUUUUGGUUGAGCAGAGUAACAUGACAGCGCUCGCGCAGUCUCGACAGAACAAGCGCGCGAAUGUCUAUGCUAAGCUCACACCCUCGAUCUUUUCUCGAUUUUCUUUUCUUUUUACCUGUGCCAGUGCCAUGACACCUACCCUGAUCCACUGUACAGCGCCGCGUACCACAACGCAUGCGGUGAUUGUCGCGCAUAUUCUGAUGCCGCUGUGCUGCGUGGUGCUUCGUUACGAAAUCUGAAGCAUAGGGUUGCUUUGCGUCUCGUGGCGUUUACACAUCAGCGAUUUGAAGGAUUUUCUGGGUGUAACUUAGACUUACAUGCGAUUGACUUAUGUGCAAAUAGGAUCCUAACUAUAGCACCACUAGUACCGAUGCCAGAUCUAAUAGAGCAAGCGUUUACCUAACAGAAGAUAUCCUCGUGCACUACAACUUUUUCUUCCUGCUGUCAAUCGAGUCCCGGCCGCGGCGGUCGCAUUUUCGAUGGAGGCGAAAAUACUUGAGGCCCAUGUACUUUGAUUUAGGUGCACUUUAAAGAACCCCAGGUGGCCGAAAUUUCCGGAGCCCUCCACAACGGCGUCCCUCAUAAUCGCAUCGUGGUUUUGGGAAGUCAAACUCUAACAAUUAUUAUUAUUAUCUUCCUGCUAUCUUUCUUGAAAAAUAUUUUGAAAUAAUAGUUUGAUCGUUAGCACAACUGCUUUCUUAGUUGUUCUCCUCUUGCAUCCCGUAGGUUACCUAGGCUCUGAACUGUUUUUUUUUUUCGGUCUGGUCACAGCGAUAUGUCUCUUGUAACGUGCUGCCAAAAUAAGCUCUCUGCUUUAUUCUUACUUUGAACUGUCUGCUUUAUUUCUGCUACUCUUUACACAUUUAUAUUUCACUUGAGUUUACUGUCUGCCAAGGCGAUUUUGAAAAUAAAUAUGCAAUUAUUGGGCGCGCACUGAGUAUACAGUACCUGCUUACCGCUUAUUAAAACGGCGAAAUCGAGUUUGCACUAUAAUAUGGAAAUAUUAGGACCCAUCUUAAAGUUGUUAGGAAUGAGAUUUGAGAAACAUUGCUAUACUAAAUGAUCCGUUUUUCUCGUGAGCCUCCCAACGAGCCGUUUCAAUAAAUUUUGCAAAGGCACUAAGUCUUUUUAUUGUCUUACAUUAAUUUAAGAAGGAAGUUGACGAUACUUCAUGCUUAAUUGUCAUAGCUAUUAGGGGUGCCGCCUGUAUCGUGUUUCAAUACUUAUUCACGAUGAAUGUUUGAUACGGAACGGCUUUUCUAUUUUAUUUACGUCUAUUUGGUGUUUUUUUUUUGAGGCCUCUCUAAUUUUUUUUUACUAUUACUAAUCGCCAGGUAAUCGGAGCUGUAGGUGGCAAUAGCGUGAAUAGCAGCGGUGUCCUGCGACGAUUUGUGCAAGUACACUGCCACGCACUCUUAUUUCUUUAUUUUGGUAUGAUCGGGUUUAAACCACAAAAGAAAUAUUAGCAGCGCUCGGCUCAAGCCGCGCCGCGAUGUUUCGAAAUCUUCGCGAUUGUUUGAGAUUGUUCCGUUAAGAUUACGCGCGAAUCCUAGCCGCGGCGGCCAUAUUUAGAUGGAGGCGAAAUGCUAGAGGCCGGUGUACUUAGGUUUAGGUGCACGUUAAAGAACCCCAGGUGGUCGACAUUUCCGGAGU